GUUUAUUUGUUGGCAAAUUUACGUUAGCCGUUGAUCAGAACGGCCAUCUAUUUAUCUUUCGCUCGCAAUCGCCACUGUACAGUAUGUCGUUAUACAGUUCCAGGCACGCAAAAUCAAUAGAAGCAAUGGUUGAUAGUAGCUACCACAGGGCAACUCGCAUUUUCAAGUGCUCGCACAUUGUUUGUUGACCGGACAACUUCAAAAGGACACGGCAGUUCAACAGCCCAGCGGCUUCACCAGACGAGCAUGGUCGAACCUUACCGCCGUGUUCGCACCAACGUUCAAACGGUCCCAAUCAUAAAUGGUGAGCAAACGAUCGGAACUUGGAGUGUACCAAAAAAAAAUAUCGAUUAUAUACCCUACCUGGAAAAAUCCACCAAUUCUUUGUAAGUGUAUACACAAGCGUUUAGCACCGAAACAAACCUAGACGGAAUGGUAACAGGUAAAAAGUGACCACCGACAAGCGUUUUGCGCCAUUUCCGCGCUUCUACGUUGCUUGCAAAAUCCGUACACAUCUUCAGAACGAACCGGCCAUUUUGCGCUUGCGCAGAGUUGAAUGGGGUAAAUGAGUAAAUAAACAAAAUUAUUGCUCAAUGGGAGGGUAAUUGUUGGCUUUUUUUGUUGUUGUUGCUUUAUCUUUUCCUGUCGGCUUUUGUUGUAUGGCAGCACUUGUUCGUUUUUUCCCCCUUUCGUCGUCAACGUCAGAUACAUCUUUGGCACGUACGCGUUUCGCUAAUUGUAGGAAUGGUCUGUGGAGGGUUUUUGGUGUGCUGAAGGAGAAUAGAUUUUUUUUUCUGCUCUCGGAAACAACUUUGGCCAGCUUCCAUCCCAUCAAGUGGGGUCUUCUUCUCUUCUCUGCGUACUCUGAUCGAUUCGAUGUCAAUACGAAUGGGGUGCCGCGUUCGUUAAACAUUGCCACUAUACGUUGCGUCUGUUCUAUGGAGAACUCACUGUUGGCUUUUAUCCCCACUACCGGGCCACACUGUCCUGCUGUCAAAAUGAUCCAAAGGAAGUCUUCAACAUCGCACAGCACAGGGCAGAGCACUGGCAGAAACUUUAUAUAAGUACGUGAAGUAACCGCUUCUAGGUGAUAAUUGCGACACGUAACCGGCACUGUACACAGGUAUCCGUAAAAAUUCUCACCGUGCUGGGUAGCAAUAUUCCACGGUUCAUCAACGACUGGGCAGCAGGAAGUUAAUACCCCGAAAUACCCGGUAGUGGUGAAGACUGAUCACUAGUCGAACCGGAGACGUUCGUUAGACGUGAUUUGGGUGUUAUCGUAGGCACAAAACCCUCCAGCAGCAUGACAUUCUUUCAAGCGCUCGAAAAAUCAUCCGCAGUGGAGCUGUACACGUACAUCACGCUGCUACUGAUAUGUGUGCUGCUGUACAUCUUCUCGGACUAUUUAAAAAUAUGUACCCUCGCUUUCCGAUUGCCCGGUCCAACAGCGUAUCCCGUGAUAGGGAACUGUUUGGACAUUGCUAAGAAAGAUCUGAUCUCGCGCGAAAUGUCCGAGGCGUACAAAAACUAUGGCCCGCUGGCACGCGUCUGGAUAUUUGUCUUUCCCAUGUUUGUCGUGUUUGAUCCGAACGAUCUGAAGGCGAUCCUGUCAUCGAAGAAGCACACGAACAAAUCGAUGUUUUACAAGCUGCUGCACAACUUUCUCGGCCGUGGACUUAUCACCAGCAGUGGACACAAAUGGAGCUCCCAUCGGAAGCUGAUUCAACCGUCCUUUAACAUUGCGAUAUUGGAGAAAUUUAUCGACACGUUCACCGACAGUGCGUCAUCACUGAUCGAUAAGCUGCCGAAAGAGGAAACGAUACUAAACGUCACGGAGUACGUAAACAACUGCGUACUGGAUAUACUUAAUGAGGCUGUACUAGGAGUGCCGGUCAAAUCAGCCGAUAAGAAAGAGAUGGAACAGUCCCCUUUUAGACAAGGAAAGGUAGUGGCACCGUAUCGUAUCACCCAUCCGUGGCUGUUGUUCAACUCGAUCUAUAAGCUGACUGAUGCGGCAACAGCAGAACUUAACCAAAAGAAACAACUCGAUGAGUUCUCCAGAAAGAUGAUCCGUCGUCAGCGGGAAAUACUGAAGACACUGCUACCGUCGGAUAGACGAUGUCUGUUGGACUUUAUGAUUGAAAUCUCGAAUGAAAAUUCCGACUUUACCGAGGACGACAUCAUCGAUGAGGCGUGCACGUUUAUGUUGGCAGGACAAGAUUCGGUAGGUGCCGCAGUUGCCUUUACACUGUUUCUGCUUGCCCGCCACCAGGACCAUCAAGCGAAAUGUUACGAAGAGAUCCAGCGACACAUCGGUACCGACGGCUCCAAACAACCGACCGCCGAAAGCAUCCGCGAGUUGCGCCAUCUUGAAGCGUGCAUUAAGGAGAGUCUCCGGCUCUACCCGAGCGUACCGUUGAUGGCACGUAAAAUUGGUGAAGAUGUCCGGGUGGGCAAAUACAAUAUGCCGGCGGGGACGGAAAUCCUCAUCCUACCGUACGCAACGCAUCGGCUCGAACACAUCUAUCCCGAUCCGGAACGGUUCGAUCCGGAACGGUUUGGUGAUGGGGCACCGCAUCAGAAUCCGUACGCAUUUAUUCCGUUCAGUGCCGGGCCACGGAACUGUAUCGGGUACAAAUUUGCGUACAUCGAGAUGAAAACGAUCAUUUCACGGGUGUUGCAACAUUUCCAUCUUACACCGGCACCGGGCAAGGAAGAGAUACAGCCAAUAUUCCGCAUGACGCUACGAGCGAGAGGUGGCCUUUGGGUGAAGAUGACUCCAAGGAAAACUGUUUCAUAGAGAAACUAUACAGAAGGAGUUUAUGUGCGUGCGCGUGUCUUGUGUGUGUCUGUGUGCGUGUGAGUGUGAAAGUGGGGAAACGGGAAUCUGGAUCCUUCGACGAACGGUCCAGAUUAGGAUAGCUUAUAAUAAGCGGUCAGGGAAGCAAUAAUAAAUUAUGUCAUUAAUUUUAUCUACAAAAAA